AGAUCUACGCAACACGUCUAUCACAUCACAUGACAACAAGAUGGCGAACACCGCAGAGUCUGGCGCUUCAUCGGCAACGACCACUGAUCAAUAUGCCAUAUAUUUUGAAUUAAGCCCCAGACUGACUUGGCUUGUGCGAAUUGUAAAUAUCUGCACUUUUUUCAUGGUCAUGAUCUCUGUGAUCUUGUGUUUUGUUCAAGGCCACAAGAAUUCAUCCUAUUAUCUCAUUGUUUGUAACCUAGCAAUCAGUGGUUUCGUCUGCAUAGUUGUGAAUUGGUGGUACAAAACAGGAGACUUGGGCAGCGAAAAGUUCUGGUUUAUCCUGCUCAUCUGUGGUGUGAUUCUGUGGCAAUGCAUCAGCUCCGACAUCUUCAUCUUCAAAACGGAGUUGCCAGCACCAACCAUUACGACCACUCCCACCCCGCAUACUCGCAACACGACUGUCUUCUCAUGGGCUACUAUGAAGAGCCCGAUUACUGUUGGGCCAUAGUCAAAUGAAAUGUUGUGUAACUAGCAUUAUUUUUUUGUGUGGGCAUGAUGCAAAUGGUGGAAAUGACUGAGUAACGGUACUGUUACGUCCCUCCAGUAUAAAUUAUCAGUGUUUAUGUCCUAAUCAGUUCUGUUUAGCUACGCAUUUCUCAUAUAAAUGUAUUAUCUUAAUAAAAAUGGAUUUAUAAGGUCCUUAAGGAUGUUUAUUAUGAUAAUUUGGCUUUAGUGUGAAAAGUAGAGAAAUUUUUGCUCUUGAUGAGUUAAGAUACUUAAAUGAUUAAAUGUCAAUAAUUAUUGUCCUUUUCAAACUUUUAAAAAAUUGUUGUGGCAAAAACCUUUAUCCUUAUCCUUUUGCAUUUGAGUGUCAUGGGUUUGAGUGCUGGCAUAAGAGAAUGCUGACAUGCUCAAAACGUGUUUGUUCUUGUCUUUCUAUCUGCUUUGUGAUUGUAACUUGCUCCAGAAGUAAAUGGCUAGUAGCUUCUGCAAGAAUAAAUUAGAUACAUACAGGUUUGUACCUUUGUGAUCAGUGGCACAGGGCUCUGUUCUUCCUUGUUAACUAACAUUGCCUUAUUUUGACUUUUGUGGGAGACCUGACUGCUGUUGGUUUGACUAUAAUGAAGAAUGGCAACACAGUAAAAUGGACAUAAGUGCUGUACCCUUAUCCUUUACGUACGGGAGACAUUCAGAAAAUAAUACUCCAUGGCAUCCGUUAUGCUCAGACUAUGUGAUUUGGUUCUCAGAUAAGGGGCUUCGCUGCUCCUGUUUAUUGGAUUCAGUUUUUAGAGAAUUAAGAAAAUUUCCUUCAGAUUAGCUACUAGACAGAAAACAGUAUGUUCCUCUUUUGACAUGUUUUCUCUUGUGUGGAGUAAAGCAUUAACAACAUAGGACAACAAAUGUCAACAGCAUCAAAUCGACUAAGCAAAAGUUAUAUUUUGUUUUAUGACAUUUAUGUGUUUUGCUUGAAGUGUAAAUGAAUUGUCUUUUUUGUAUACAUUUAUCAGAUUGAAUGUUUUUUCUGUUUGCACAUGUGUGAGCAUCUGGUGAUUCAAAGCCAAGGCUUAUGACUUCACCUGUUACAAGGUGGAUGAAUAUUGACUUGUGGUAGGAUUACGCAGAGCCAGGAUCGCUGACACAGACUUAACACACGCCUAAAAAGCGAUUUUUUUCUAAAAGAGCUGUGGGUUGUGCUAAUGUUUGAGAUGCAAUAAGUAAGUGUAUGUAACAGAUUCAAAACUUUGAAAAAGACUGCGGAAUUGCAAGCCGUUUUGUUGUGAAUUGUUGUAUUUGUUUUUUUGUGUUGAGUGAUCAAAAUCAAAAGUGAUUUUAAAUAUAUAUGGUGCUUUUUUAUUGCUUUGCCCUGUGUUGUUGUUGUUGUUUGUUGUUGCUGUAAGCCCAGCAGUCUUUUGGGUUCAUGCCCUUUAUUCUCCGAUGCCAUGUUGUUGAAGGUGGACCAAGGUGUCCAUUGGUUCAUUGCUGUCACUGUUUAUUGUUAUUAAGAAUUUUUUCCCGUUCUUGAUGCACAUGAUUUUUUUCGAUUCUGACAACACUUCUGCCCUUUUGACUGCUCAUGCAGGUUGUUAGAGGAUAUACUUUGGUUGUUCAUACAUACUUUCUUUUUGUCUCUUGCUUCUGUGUGUGUGUGUCUGUGUAUUUUUGUUGUUGUUGCACUAGACGGCCAUUAUUGUGUUGCAGUGCUAAAUUGUUUCGAACCCAUAUCUUGGUAGUCAGUUCUUGAAAUUUUCGGAUUUCUGAUUGGGAAAGAAACUGUUGUUGUGUCCAGGGUUUAUUUUGUCAUACACUUUGUUAUUCCUUUGUACUUACUUUCUACAUUUUUGGGGGGAAGCUUUGGGCAAUAACUUAAUUCGUGUAUGCUUAGGCCACGACGGGUUUUAGCUUCUACUUUAGCUUAAACGUGCUCUCGAGUCAGAGCUCUGUGCUAUUUUUGUCAUAAACAUAUUAUUGUCUCUUCCCUAUAAGCCUUUCAGUGUCGCACUGAUUACUUAUAGGCCCCUACAAGAGUUUGUGAUGUAAUAAUUAGAGGACUCUUACUGUUUCGUACAGAAGAUUUUAGUUUAGGAAGCUAAUUUUAUUAUCUCUGCUGGGAUGCUGCAUCUCUGUCAGCCCAGAUUAACCCCUACACGUAGGAUCGAAAAAAGCCCUCGUCUUAAAUGAUCUAAAUUGUAUGGAUUACCAUGUGAAAUAUUUACGAUUGAUGACUUUUUCAAGGAUGCAGAGUUGGCUUUUUUCUCCUCGUCCAUAUUUGCCUUGCCUAAGGUUUUUCCCUUCUUAUGGAUGCUUGGUGUUCUUGGGUCUGUCUAGUUUAAGAUCCCCAUAUUGUGUUGGGGAGGAUAUGUACAACUUCCGUUUAUUUCCUCUAGUGUAUCUGUCUUUUAUUCCUAUCUAUAAAUUACUGUUACAGUGUUGAUGUGCUCUUCUUAACUUGAAAAAAGACCCCAUAUAGAUUUUUAAAACAUACUUUGUCUGUCAAGAUUCUCUGAAGCUAAAUAAGUGAAAUGAUAAAAACUGCAGAGCACCCAUGUAACAAGCCAGGUAGAAAAGGCAUAGAAAUUUUGUAGUUGGAUGAACAGGGUGCCAGUAGGUUUUGUGUUUGAGCAUUCUUCAGUACAUGUACUGUUAUGCCUUUUGUUAUAGAGUUUUUCAUGUGAUUGUCUUAAAAAAUUUGGUUUGAGAUUAUGUAUUUGUGUUAUCUUAAAGAUAUUGAUUGUCUUGGGCAUGUUGCAAUAAUAAGAAACAAAAAUAUAUGUAUGUUUUGUUUAUUCUGAAUAAUAAAAUCUGUAGACAUUAUUGUCACUAUAAAU